ACCCACGGGCAAGACCGCGAUAGCCGAUCCCUCCGAAAUCCAAACCUCAGGUCGCCACCUCCCGCACAGCCGCCGCCCCCACUCGCGGCCCGGAUCGACCUCACCGCCGCCGCCGGUCCGCUGCCCCCGGGCGUGGACGCCGCCUCCCGUCAACUCCGCCCUCUCUGGUCCUCUUGCUUCUACCGCAGGUCCUCCUCAACUACAAGCUCAAGAGCUUUCCUAGAAUUGGUCAUCAUGGAGUGGGAGCUCACCGAAAUCCCUGGCAACCCAACUCCCUCCCUCCAAGAUUCCACAGUUGACGUGGUGGCUGCCAAGAUUGAGCCCAAGCUAGCCAACACUCUCAUUAGGCAGUUGAGCCAGGUAUGCCCAUUGGAGAAUCUGAGGCAUGUAAAGCGGGUUCGUCGACAUUCUGAAAGCGGUGGAAAAUCUGAGUUAUCAAUAAUCUUAUGCCUUUCUACUGGCUCUGAAACUUGUAGCAAAGAGUUUCCUCAAGAUGUACAAAAGAUAGUGGAUACUUAUCAGUUGAGUCUUUUCAUUGCAAAAGUUGCCAAGUGUUCUGCUACAUCAAAAGAGGAGUGGGAAGAACAGUGCAAACUUUGGCCAACAUCUUACCAUCCCGCACAUGACCUUGAUGUUGUCCGUGGAUUUCGAGAAGAGGAAUUACCAUCAAUAUUUAAUUGCAUGAAGACUGCUGUUCAAUUAUCAAAGGCGGGCAAUGCUGCCAUUAUUGUUGAUCCAUCAAGUAAUCAAAUAAUUGCAAAGGCUACAGACCAAACACAGCAACAUGAUACAUCUGAAGAAGGGAACACAUUCGCUGAAGUGAAAGCAGAUAAUACAUGCUCUUUGAAUGAAUCGCUUGAGAAAGAUGGCAAUUUAUUUCUUUCAAGCUCCUGCCUUUCUAAAUGCAAUGGUUGGAACAUGGAGGUCUCAUGUAUAAACCCUUGGGGAUGGACGAAACAAAGAACUAUCAAGCAGAAUCCAUUGCCUUGUGAAGCUUGUUUUGCGUGGCAUCCUCUGAGACAUGCUGCCAUGGUUGCCAUUGAAAAUGCCGCUGAGAGGGAUAGAUUGAUGUUCCCUUCUUCAACUUCAAUAACCAAGCCAAAUUCAAAUGGCAAUCUGGAGAACUAUUCAAAUAAUGAACCAGCGAAACGACAAAAGAUGGAUACAAAAGAUAAAGAACAAUCUGCAGAUGAAGCAUGCUGCGGUGACUUGUCUGACCCUACCAGACCGUAUCUCUGCACAGGAUUUGAUAUCUACCUCGUCUGGGAACCAUGUACAAUGUGUGCAAUGGCACUUGUGCAUCAAAGAUUUAAGCGCGUCUUCUAUGCUUUCCCUAAUCCAAUUACCGGAGCACUCGGUGGAGUCUACAGGUUGCAUGGGGAAAGAAGUUUAAAUCAUCGCUACUCCGUAUUUAGGAUUUCAGUACCUGAGGCAUACUUGAAUGGUUGAGUGAUUUUUUGGGAAAACGUUGAUCAAACUUCUUUGUUCACUUUAUUUAGACAAAAAUCCAUGAACUUUCUUUCUGCAGCGAGAAUGCCUUUGGAUGUGGCUUCAAAUUAGAUUUGUAUGAUAGCUUGGCCUGUUGUAUCAUUGAAAUUUACUAA